CCUGAAAUUUAGAUUCCCAUUCAAAUUCAAAAUAGUACAGUGCGUCGCGCGCGUAUCUUUCGCGAUCUUGAUAUUGCUUGUAGGUUAUAUUGAUUUUUAUAAUUUUUCUAGCGAAUAGACAAGGUUAAAAUUUAGCAAUAAAAACGGAAUUCAAUUGAUAAUGCUUGUCAUAAUGCUGCUUAAAUGACGAAGUUCGCGCGAGGAUAUUUAAAAGUGCGUAACACAUUCGAAACAAAAAUGAAGCAAGGUAGAAUUCCUUGUUCGCGUACGGAAUUAAAUCUCGCUCUUACGUUACACGGUGGUCAAAGUUUUAGAUGGACGGAUUACGACGCUGGAUACAGAGGCGUUUUUCAUGGGUGCGUUUGGACUCUGUCUCAAGAUGAGACUCAUCUGCUGUACAGUGUACAAGGAUCACUACAGGAUUCCGUAAACUAUGAUGCUGUCUUGUCCGAAUACUUUAGACUCUCGAUAUCGUUACGGGAGCAUUAUGAGAAAUGGGCGGCAGCGGACGCACAUUUUCAGAAGCAUUUCGAUGGGAACAAUGCUGUUCGAAUCUUGAAGCAAGACGUAGUGGAGACUUUAUUCUCAUUUAUAUGUAGCUCCAAUAAUAAUAUAUCAAGGAUAUCAAACAUGGUUGAAAAAUUGUGUUCAUUAUUUGGCCGGAAGAUAUGCUCGUUAGAGGAUAAAGAGUAUUACGAUUUCCCGACGAUAGAGGCUUUGAAAAGUCAAGACGUGGAGGACACGUUGAGGAGAGAAAAAUUUGGAUACCGCGCUGCGUACAUUUUCAAUACAGCCGAACAGCUAUCGGCAUUAGAUGGAAGAAAUUGGCUUCUGAAUCUACAAAAGGAAAACGGCGCUUCGUAUCACGCGGCGCGGGAAGAAUUGAUGACGCUACCCGGAAUUGGACCAAAGGUCGCCGAUUGCAUAUGUUUGAUGUCGUUAGGCCAUUUGGAUGCUAUACCUAUAGAUACCCACAUCUUCCAAGUAGCGCAAGCGAAUUAUCUACCACUCCUGAAGAAGCAGAAGACGGUUACUCCAAAAAUUCACGCAGAAGUUGGCAAUCACUUGCGGGAAUUAUGGGGCCCGUUGGCCGGAUGGGCGCAGGCUAUCGUAUUCUCGACAAAAAUUAAUACUAAAUCUAAAAUUAAUAUUAAAUCUAAAUCGACCGGAACGCAGAAACGCAAGAACAGUGAGGACGAGAAUUUACAACGUAACACAGCACGAAGAAAAUUAAGGGAAAAAUAAUCAUAAAUUUUUAUCUCAUCGUGACUGUGAUCAGAUUGAAGAAAUGUUCUAUCUCGUUUGAGGAGAAAAUUUUACCUUCUUUAUCUAUUUUUAAUUAUAAUUAAAGGAUUAUAAAAUGUCUUGGAAUAAAUUAAACCUCUUUGA